CCAGCAGCGACUGUUAUCUCUCUUCUCAUCUCGCCAUGGCUCCCGAUUACCAACGUCUGGGCCGAGGAGGUGACUUCACCGGGAUGGCUCUGAAAUACCAGUGUGCAAAGGCAUUGACCGUCCUUAGCAUGGCUGCCAUUGUCAUCUUGGCUUUUUCAUCCAUGUUCUAUACAGGCCAUACAGAUAUACAAUAUGCUGAAGAUAACGAUGUUGCAUACUCAGUACCAGACCACAAAAGUGAUGCCGAUAAACCUGUUGAAGCAGGCACCGGUGACUAUGAAAUGCCAGCAACCCAAGGCAAAUGUACCCUACCUUCAUCACUGGCUCUACCAAAAUCUGAAGAUGGCAGUUACACUCCUACCUCCCCUCAUUACACUAUAUUGGAUAUUCUAUCUGCUGUGCCUGAAGAUGAUUAUGACCAGUACUGCCAAGGAUGGCGUGUACUAAACUCAGCUAACCCCCCUUAUAAGUACAACCUCAACGGAGAAUGUGGCAACUGGCAGAAUAGUUAUAUCGCCCUUCACAAGAAGCGCCUAGAACAGUUGGAGGCUUUGCAAACGCACAGUUAUGACAUGUUGCGAGAGCAAGACAAGCCUCAAUACAUUGUAUACAAGUGUAUUCAAGUGGCCACCAAUGGUAACCGUGGUUGUGGAGGAUUAGCUGAUCGCAUGAGUGGCAUGAUUUCUACUUUCUUCCAUGCCUUAAUGACCGAUAAAGCCUAUUUUGCUUACUGGGACGGUGAAAAUCCAUUUUCAUUGGAUAUUUUGUUCGAAAAGCCUCACAUCAACUGGCACUAUGAUAUGGAUACCAUGGAAGAACUAUUCACCAACCCACCCGACGAUGCAUACCUUACCAAUGAACAUGUCGAUUUGCUCAAUGCUAAAUGGGCUACCAUGGAAACCAAAAUCUUCCCCGAGGGCCGAACUCAAAAUCUUUCAGACUUGUGGCCAAGCUCGUUGGUUGAAGUUCGAUCCAACCGAGGUUAUAUCAUUCACACUUUUGAAUCUUCUGAUAUUUAUCCCGACAUUUUGCACAAAAUGGGUCUCACGCCUGAAAAUGCCUUUGGUUGCUUAACCGACUUUCUAUUCAAGCCUACCAUUGGCUCCCGACGAUUUAUCGAUGCCUACAAGAACUUAUUAGAACUUGACAGCAUCUUCAGUGUCGGCAUUCAAAUCAGAACAGGAGACAACCAAAUCGUCAACCCCCAGGAUGAUGAACUUACGGUUGACAGCUAUUCCUACUUCUUGACCUGCGCUAAUCAACUCACCGAAGCUUAUCGCAAGCCUCACCACAAGCGAGUGAUCUACUUCCUGAUCACCGACUCGUCCAAGCUCCGAGAUGAAAUGAUGGCUUUGAACGACGAUCCAGCUAUGCAGCUUAAAUACUUAGGCAACGAAGACGCCACAAUCUUGACCACCGGCUUACCCAUUGAACAUCUUGAACCCAAUCAAGUGGCCAAGUAUAUUAAUAUUACCGAACCACAUAUUGAAACGGAGGAAGAGAAGGUGGCUGGAAUCAACAGUGCUGUGAUUGAAAACUGGCUCCUAGCUAGCACCACCUAUCGUGUUAUCAGCCCACAAGGCUAUGGUAAGCUUGCUGCAUUCCACAGUAACGUUGACAGAGCUACCUACAGCAUGCCUCGUCCGGACCGAAAAGACAAAGCUCCCAAUUGCGGCAACCCUCAUGCUGCCAUUUCGUUUGCCGAUCUCAGUCGCUUAUGGAGCUUAGGAUAAAAUUACAACGCAUAUAGAAAACGACCUCACCCAACCAACUCAUUAUCACCAUUCAAUAAUAAACCCAAGCCAAAACAUCGGAAAAGUGUGUCUCGUUUAGGGAAGUCGUGUG